AUGGUAAAAGAGGCGGUGGGAGUUAGUUGCGGGGGUCCUAGGAGGGAAGGCUGGGGUGAAGGAGUAAGUUUUGGGUACUAUCUUGGCCGGCAGGAGUAUUUGGUAAAGUUGGCAAACUUGGGCGUAUCGAGUGAUUGGAUACAACGAGUAGUUGAGUUUAUGGAACGGUAUCAUUUAGGAUACUUUUUGGGUAUGAAAGAGACCGUGCUAGUUAGUGGUGAGUUAGCUGCCGGGUUUAGAGCUUACCAUACUAGAACGUACUUGUCCGGGUUUAAGACCGAGGAAGAAGAUCAAGUUGAUAACUUGGCAGCGACUGAACAGAAGAAUGGUCAAGAUGGAGUUGAAGUGAAAGAAGAAGUUAGAAUGGAUGGGGGAGUAGAAAGUGCUAGUCAGCGCAUGCGCAGUAAAAUAACGGAUGCCCGGUUUGAUCGUCAGUUUGUGCGGGCGUACGGUCUGUACGUGAAUGGCCAGUAUUUAGGAUGUCGAGAAGUGGUGGAGGAGUUGUUGCGAUGGGGAGUGCGUAAGUCUUCGAUUUAUUUUGGAUGCCGACUGCACCUAUUGUCUCUGGGUGGUGCUGCUGCUUAUCGGGCGGGACAGUACUAUGACGCCCUGUGGUUAAGUCGUGCCGGUAUAAAGCUAGCUAGUCUAGUGGGCUUUCCUGGUGGAGUCAAGUACUUUGAUGAAAUGGUAGGGAUUAUAGAGUAUGCCGCGGGCGUACAACUGGAAAAAGUAGAGGGUAAAUGGACAUUACUGGCUGAAACGAUAGAAGAACCGGUAGAAAGAAAGUUAAGUAUUGAAGAUAAGAUCGGGCGGGCCUUGAAGUAUGGCAAUGAACUAUCUUUAUUGCGAGAUGUUAAGAUAUACGAUCCGCGUGAAAGAAUGUUUGUGAAUGAGCCUCGAGAAGUCUCGGCUUAUGUAAACGAAAUUAGACAUAUUGGUGAUGUCUGUACUGAUGUUUCACCCUUAUUAGUUUAUACAAUAGACGGGGCCGUUGCUUUUGGCCUGAUUUUUACCCAGAAUAGUAAGACUAAGAUGUCAGUGAUCAAAACAAAGAUAAUGACGGCAGGACUACUGGCCAGGAUGAAAGAAAUUGGAAGGAAGAAUCGAGAAGUCCUGAAACGUGCCUGUCUAGAGACUACUGAUAAGAAAAAGUGGUGGGAAGAUCGUGAAAGUCUUGAUAAGGCCAUUGAACGUGAAGUAGUCCAACUAGAUACGUACUUAAGAAGGUUUCAACAAAAAGGACAUGCAUUUGCUAAUCGUGUGAUUCUAGUAAUUGAAGAUGUUUUAGGUAUCUUCCCUUUUGAAAUGUGCUCGGUCUUAAUGAACUGUGGUAUUACCCGGGCUUCAUCUUUAGGACACAUUAUGAAAGCAAGGAAGAAACCUCAUGAAGUAUUAGCUGAGACGGACUUCUUCUACGUUCUGAAUCCUGAACAGAACUUACCACAGACUGAAGAAAGAGUACUUUCCUUUCUAGCAUCACAUUUACCACAAGCCACAGGUAUUAAGAACCGUAUCCCUGAACCAAUGGAAGCGGAGAAGGCCAUGGUUAAGCAUCGGGUUUUUAUGUACUUUGGACAUGGAGGUGGAGAGAAGUUCUUCUCGCCUAAGUCAUUGGGUCAACUUACUAAAGAUAUUCGAGAUAAAAGGACUACUCUCUUUUUAUUUGGAUGUUCGAGUGCACGGGUCUUUGCCUUCCCUAAGUACAACACACAUAGUACCUGUAUUUCCUAUCUGCACAACCCGGCUAUUGAAGCGGUCGUUGGGUCGCUUUGGGACAUUACUGAUAAGGAUCUUGAUUUAGUUAGUUUAAAACUUAUCGCUGAAAUCAAAACAAACCCAAACUCCUUGCCUUGGGUACUGAAUAGAGCUAAACACGAGUGUCGGCUUAAGUACCUUAAUGGUGCUGCCUUAGUUCUCUACUCAACUAACCUUUAA